UGGCUGGAAUUUUGGAAAGGAUUGGUGCCGCUUUUGCUUCACACAAUCCGGGCCGGAGAAGCUCGCGUAGGGGUGGGCUAGCUCCACUGUCACUUUGAUCGGUGUCUGUUUUUUUUUUUUUUGAAAGGAUGAUCGGUGUCUGUUAGUAGGACUGCCGUGGUUUGGGACUUUAUUGAGAAUGUAUUUUGGUUUUGUGACACUUCGAUGGUGGUAUUUUGCUUGUAAACGGUGGCAUCCCCAGCCGAACCACGGCCUUUCUAAUAAAGUCAGGCUGAAAAAGCAUUUUCUCCAAAAAUCUUGCUCGUCUGCCUCGUCCUCAGAAGGAACCUGAAAUUGCUUUUUAAAAAAAGGAACCCUGAAAAUCGAUGGACCAUUUGAGAUGAGGAAAUCGAUUGAUUUUUUUUUUGAGCGAACAGGAAAUUGAUCGAUGGACUGAAGGAAGGAAGGAAGAUGCUGGACCGUGGAAGGCCCGUGGAAGAUGCUGGACCAGCCGUCCGCAGGCCCAAUAAGCAUUUUAUUUUAGAUAGAACCGUAAAAUUAAACCUAAACAUUCCCUGCCGCUGGCCCUAGGUCAUAUUUUAACGCGGCGAGAACGGCGGCGGCUGCUGCGGCGGCGGCGGGAUGUGUUUCCUCUAUCCUCCCGAGGAAGAAGCGCGGCACCGGGAGGUGAUAGCGGUGCUGGGCCUGUACGAUGCGGGCUGGGCGGUUGGGAAGCUGAUGGAGCGGUCGGACGUGGCGCCGGGGCAGAACCGGCUGCUGCUGCCGAGUUGGGCGGUGCGGCGAGGCCCCAUCCCCAAGAUCUUCCCGGAGCUUGGUGAGCUCCUGGAGGACGGGAAGAACGCCGAGAAGACGGUCAGCGCCACGAUGCUCAGCGCGGAGCCGCUGGUCGAGAAGGAGAUCGGCCUCGUCUUCCUCAACUGCAACGGCGCCUACCGGAUCAAGGGCGCCGGCUGGAAGCAGUUCGUGGCGGAGAGCGGCGUCGCGGCGGGGGAUCGCCUCGAUCUCUACACGUGCCGGCGUCCCCGCGACGGCCGCCGCUGCCUCUUCGUGUUCCGGAGCAAUGGCGGCGGCGGCGGGCUCCGCCUCCGGGGGGGUGCACGUGGCAGCAAGCGGAUGAGGUUGCUGAUGAGUAUGCCGGCACCGCCGCCCGUGGCCGCAAAGCACUGUGCAGCAGCGCAAGAUCGUAUCCAAGAGAUUGCAGCGGUGGGAGAGAACACAAACGUGCAAAAGGAAAAGAAAGCAGCACCACGGCAUUUGCUUUGGGAUGCGGCUACUGAGUUAGAAAAAAAUGCGGCUAUUGGACUCUUAAUGUUAGCGUGGGGCUACUGAGGAUCCAUGAUUAUGGGUAGGACACUCAUCAACCGUUUUUUUUUUAUCAACAACUUCGUAUAGUUGGUCACGAUUUUCGUAUAGGCGGAUUGCUUCAUACAUGAAUAGAUAGUUUAUAGCGCUAGUUUUUUUUGUGUAAAAGAUGACGAGGGAAUAGCAAUGGGACCGGGACAUGCACAUCAGUAUGGUUAAUGUAUAAAUCCCAUCGAUAUAGCGAAUAUAUUACUUCUUGGAAAAG